GGUAUUAGUAUAUAUAUAUAUAAAUAUAUUAUUUUUUGGUCAGGAAUUCUUACCUACCCUGUUCAUCUUCUUGACCCUUUUUAACUUCUCACUAUAAAUUUGCAUUCAUACUUCUCCUGUGACUCUCAGUUUGUUGGUUCGUUUGAUUGUAACCUAACCUUUGUCUAAUAACUUCUGCUUCUUCUCGUUUCUUCAAACACUGGUUUUAAGCUAAUUAAAUGGAGUGUGUUGGUGGUUCAAUCGAGAAAAUGGUAGUAGGAGACGAACUGCAUGUUUUAGCAGUAGAUGACAAUCUUAUCGACAGAAAACUUGUCGAAAAGUUGCUCAAGAACUCUUCUUGUAAAGUGACAACAGCAGAGAAUGGACUAAGAGCACUGCAGUAUUUAGGGUUACAAGAUGAUGAUGAUGAUGAUACAAACAGUUCAGAUCACAACAGUGCGUCAAAGGUAAAUUUGAUUAUCACAGAUUAUUGUAUGCCAGGAAUGACAGGCUAUGAGUUACUAAAGAAAAUUAAGGAAUCGAGAAUGAUGAAGGAGGUUCCGGUAGUGAUUAUGUCAUCAGAGAACAUCCCGACUCGUAUUAACAAGUGCCUAGAGGAAGGAGCUCAAAUGUUCAUGAUCAAGCCUCUCAAAUUAUCUGAUGUCAAGAAAUUGAGGUCUGAUUUUUUGAACAGGAAAACCUGAAGAACACUUAAAAACAGAGGAAAUCGGUAAUAGUAGAUUUGCUUAGCAAAACUGAUUUUGAUAUAUCCGGCUUCUCUAGAGGGUAACUUUUUGUUUAGUGACUAUCUGCAAUUUAAGAAAAUGAUUUUUGUUUUAA